AUGUGGCUUAACGACUUGUUAGAACGUGUUGAGGCCAAGCGCAGGCCAGAAGUGUUUCAUCCCGUCAUUGAAGAAUUCAAGGACCUGAUCGAGAAUGACCCGAUAAUUUAUAUGCUCUUUCACCAAAUGUUCAGUCAGAUACCCGACAAACCACCAUUUGAUAGAGAUCCAAAUGGCAAUCCACAAGUACGCGACUACUUCACGAUGCUAACAUGCUUCAACGCGAUCAUGACCUCAGCACCCGAAUACAAUAAGGGCCUUGGCCUUGUCGGAUUCCCUAUCAACGCCAUCAUUAAUUGGCAAAUGGGCACUCCGAGCGGCGUCGCAGCAUUUCUGAACGAAAAGGUCAACGCACAGGUCGGCAAGAUGCUCAAGGAGUGGGCAAGGUUCCUUGGCUCCCCAGAAUCGAGAUAUGUUCUUACCAACAAUUCGGAAAGAGGUUGGUUCGGGCCAGCAGCAUUAGCUGAAAAACAAAUGCAUAACUUCGAUAAAACUUUCAAGUGUCAACCCUCCGAGCCAUACCACGGCUUCAAAUCCUGGGACGACUUUUUCACAAGAGAGUUUCGACACGGCGCACGGCCCAUUGGAGCACCGGACGACGACCGAUUCAUUGUCAACGCAUGCGAAUCCGCGCCAUAUAACCUUCAGAAAAACGUUCAGGAACGAGACCUCUUUUGGGUCAAGGGUCAGCCGUAUUCGAUCAAACACAUGCUUGCAGGCGACUCCUUUACCCCUCUAUUCGUUGAGGGUACUGUCUACCAAGGCUUUCUUGAUGCCCUAUCCUACCACCGAUGGCACAGUCCUGUCACCGGCCGUGUGGUUAAGGCAUAUAUACAGCCCGGAACAUAUUACUCGGAAGCCACGACGGCCGGGUUCGACGAGGCGGCACCGAAUGGGUCCCAAGGAUACCUAACUGAGGUAGCCACUCGAGCGCUCGUAUUCAUUGAAGCCUAUAAUCCUGAUAUUGGAUUGAUGUGCUUCAUGGCAGUCGGCAUGGCAGAGGUCUCGACCUGCGACAUUGGAGUACAAGUGGGGCAGCAGGUUAAGAAAGGCGAACAGCUGGGGAUGUUUCAUUUCGGAGGGUCGACCCACUGUCUCAUUUUCCGCAAAAGCGUGGAUCUCGUAUUCGACCUCCCAUGUGAGCCCGGGAUGGAUGCUAGUAUCGUUCCUAUAAACAGGUCUAUCGCGUUUGUUCCUUCUAGGAGGAUAAAUGCAAAGUUGUAA